AUGUCUGCCAAUGACCGCGCCUAUAUGAGCGCUUCACGACCCCGCGUUGUCUCCAAUCGCGUCGAUGCCGAAAACCGCGGAGUGUCGCCGCUUCAAACCGAGAACAUGGACCCUUCGCGCGCAAGUACUGCGAGUCAGAAACACCGAAUGUCGCGUGAUCAGAAGAUUAUGUCCGAGAAGCGCACCGAGCGAUCCAUGAUCACAACAAGGGAAAAGGUAGUGCGGAGGAACCCAGUCAAGGAAUCUCUCAGCGCGGCGAAUCGAGGCGAUUGGGAGAAGACUCGACCCAAGAGGCCUGUUCAGGCCGAUGGCGCGAGUUUGAUUCCUCAGAAUGACUCGGCUGCGCCAUGGGAUCCCCAAGCUUCCUUGAUUCCUCGUUCUACGGCUCCGCUCGCAUGUCGCGUAUCAGUUCCUCCUCUCGCCUCGACAGCUCCGCAGUCGCUUCAUCCUCGCCCACUUCGAGAGCUCUCUCCCGAUGCGCAAGAAGCAGCAAUACUGGAGGACUUGUUGUUUGUGUUUAUGGGAUUCGAAGGACAAUACAUUCACUAUGCCAGCUCGUAUGAUCCCUCCGUCGAAAAGGACCGCCUGACAGGUCCAAUCUUCCAGAUGGCCUCAGGCAUCGACCCAACGCUACGAGAUCUCACACAGUCCAUGUUGAAAAUGGCAACACAUUAUAGUGCCAUGGAAGCAUUUGUGGAGAUUCAAAGUCGAGCAGAGUGUGGUGCUGUUAGUCACUCGUUGUGCGCAUCUAUUCGGAAGCUUCUCAAGGACUACUUGAUCCUUAUCGCACAGCUGGAAAGCCAGCUAUUGAACAACCCUACCUUCACCUUACAUCAACUACACCUUCACACAAUGCCUACCGCCCAGUGCUUGGCACAGCUUUAUUCCAUGGGCCAGGAAUUGCUGCGUCGAAAUGGUUUAUUAGAUCAAGAUCUCGAUGAAUCCAUUGAUGACUUCGAUGAUGUUGACAAUAUUCUCGAACAGCUCAAGGAAGGCGGAGACCUGGUACCUGGGGCCAUGGCACGCAAAAAGAUGUGCAAGGGAGGAAACAUCUUGCGGCUGCUAACAGAGCGUCUGGCUACGUUCUCAGGUGACCCGACGACAAAGACCUUGCUUCAGACAUUACUACGCGACGCCAGUCGGCCCUACAUGACCAUGCUGAAUGAAUGGCUGCACCACGGAGGUAUCAAAGAUCCCCACGCCGAGUUCCUUGUCAAGGAACAAAAAUGGAUCAAGCGAGAGAAGCUGGAGGAAGACUAUACGGACGAGUACUGGGAAAAGCGUUACACGAUUAGAGAUAAUGAGGUACCACCGCAGCUUACGAGCGUCCGAGAAAAAGUUUUACUUGCUGGAAAGUAUCUCAAUGUGGUUCGGGAAUGUGGUGGUGUUGAUAUAAGCAAAGAGGUCAAAGAUGUACCGAAGACGCUGGACGAUCCACGAUUCUUGGAUAACGUUAACGCCGCCUACACAUACGCCAACGCUUCAUUGUUGAACUUGCUCGUCACCAAAAACUCACUGAACAUUCGAUUCCGCUCCCUGAAACACUACUUCUUCCUCGACCGCUCCGAUUUCUUCUCCUAUUUCCUCGAACUUGGCUCCUCGGAGCUGCGCAAACCGGCGCGGGUCGUCAACGAGGGCAAGCUUCAGUCACUCCUGGAUAUCGUGCUUCGACAGCCAGGCAGUAUCGCAGCACAGGAUCAAUUCAAGGAAGAUGUCAAGGUGCGAAUGAACAAGAUCGGCCUGACAAAAUGGUUGAUGCAGGUUGUCAAUGUAUCAGGCAUAAACCAAGAUAACCCUGAAGCGUCGUUUGAGAAGCAGCCAGCCGCUCAUUCAGCCGACGAGGACAAAGACAUUCUGGGUUUCGAUGCUCUAGAGUUGGAUUACUCAGUUCCGUUCCCUCUGUCACUGGUCAUCAGCCGCAAGACUGUCCUACGGUACCAACUUAUCUUCCGCCAUCUUUUGUCACUGCGCCACCUUGAGACGUUGCUGGUCACGUCCUGGUCAGAUCAGAACAAAGUCACUAGCUGGCGGCAUAAAUCCUCCGAUCGACGACUGGAGAUCUGGAAGAGACGGGCAUGGAACUUGCGCGCGAAAAUGUUGGUCUUUGUUCAGCAGCUUUUGUAUUUCUGUACAGCAGAGGUCAUUGAGCCCAACUGGGUUGGUUUGAUGGAGCGUGUUGAGAAGGUCCACAAGGAGGCCUCGGAAGUGACGGAGGGUGAUAUGAAGCAGGUCAACCGAACGGUUGACGAACUGAUGCAGGAUCAUGUGGACUUCCUAGAUACAUGUCUGAAGGAAUGCAUGCUUACUCAGGCUAAGCUGCUGAAGAUCCAUUCUAAACUGGUGACCUGUUGCACCAUGUUUGCAUCUUGGACAGCAGCCUCGCUCUCCCGGACUUUGGCUUCGGCAGACCCAGAUCUUGCAGGAGGCAAAAUCUCUGGUGCUGAUGCUAGAGGUUAUGAUCCGACGCGGAUUGCGAAGCUGGAGGACACACUGAAGCGCUACGAAGAUCACUUCACGCGCCAUCUCCGGAUCUUGAUGGACAGUCUGAAUUACUACGCCGCAACCGAGAGUGUGGUGCUCCUGAAGCUUGCACAUUCCUUAACCUCCAUCAGCAGGGAAGAGAGCAAAGAGGACUGA